UUAAAACAUACAAACGUUUCUUAUUUGUAUAACAAGAACAUGUAUAUUUUUUUACUUUUACUGGGAUGCCUAAUUAUUUUUGUUCAAGCUACCGAAGUAAAACAAUGUGGUGACAACAAACCCUUUCCCUUAGAUGUGAGGGUCAAGGGCUGUGAUAUACCACCUUGUGAUAUUGUCAAAGGUACCAGUGUGGAAUUUGAAAUUGAUUUAGUAGCCCAUAAAUUUAUCACUAGUGCCACGACUUUGGUUAAGGCCAAAACUUUGGGCAUAACUGUACCCUAUGAGCUGCCAGAAGAUGUACGCGAUGUCUGUUCUAAUCUCAUGUAUGAGGCCUAUUGUCCUCUCUAUGAUACCGAGGAUGUUACCUACUUAUUUUUAUUCCCCAUAGCCAGCACUUAUCCAGAAAUUAGUGUUAAUGUUGAAAUUUAUAUAGUGGAUCAAGAUGAAGAUUUAGUUACAUGUUUCAAAUGUGAUAUUAAAGUGAAGAAGGGUUCAUCGGUCAAUUCAAAAGCUAUUUAUGAGUUAAAUUGGUUAAAUAGCACUUUCAUAAACUAAAGAUUAAAUUAUUAUGCUUUAAUGAUUUUUCCUUAAGCUUUGUGUUGAUUUCUAUAAAUGAAGUUUUUUAAAUAUCA